UGGGAUUUCAUCGACGGGCGGCUCAGGCUUGGGGCUGCCGAGCACAUUCUUCGUGCCUGCUCGAACAUGUGGCUCUCGCGCAGUGUCAGUUGUCAGCUGUGCAGUCGGAGUCGGGAAGGCUUUUUCUUUUUUUCUUUUUCUUUUCCUUCUUGGGAACUUAAAAGCAAGUGAAGUGAGUCAGUGAGCGCGGCACGAGGGAGGUAACGCCACCCAGCCCCGCCGCUGGGAUCCUGCGCGUGCAGCUUCUGCCCGCUUCUCCUCGGAAGACUUCGGCAACGCGGCGAAGAGCGGCUCUUCUAUCUCGAGGGAUUUUGACUUGUUUCACCUUCACCCGUUUCCACUUUCUCUCUUUCUUUCUCUCUCUCUCUCUCUCUCUCUUACACACACACACACGUUCGCGGGAUGGUUGUCGUCGUCGUUCGGACGCGGCUUUUUCCUCUUUGGGAUUAAAGCAGCAGCGGAGGAGACAUGAAAGUGACGGUGUGUUUCGGGAGGACGCGCGUGGUCGUUCCGUGCGGAGAUGGGAACGUCAAAGUGCAAAGCCUCAUCGAACAGGCAGCCAUGAGGUACAAAAAGGCCAUUGCAAAGGAUCCCAGCUACUGGGUUCAGGUCCACAGACUGGAGCAUGGCGAUGGAGGCAUUUUGGACCUUGAUGACAUGCUGUGUGACGUGGUAGAUGACAAGGAUAAGCUGGUUGCAGUGUACGAAGAGCAGGAUCCACACAAUGGAGGGGACGGAACCAGCGCCAGCUCUACGGGAACGCACAGCCCAGAACCGUUUGCCAGCGAGAUGAAUUCAGCGUCAGCAUUCCAGCCCUACCAAGCUGGCAGUGAGAUUGAGGUCACAACAUCUGCCCUGCGAUCAAGCAUGUCGCUGAAUGUCCGUCGAGGCAGCGAUCCCUCAUUGGCUGACCUGCCUAAGGGUGAGGCUCUGGUUGGUCAAGACGAACCGUCAAGACAGAACCCGACUCGCUGGUCCACAACUGCUGGUUUACAGAAGUACAACAACAAGCCAAACCCUCGGGGCGCCUCAAGCACCUUGGAUCAACAGGGCAGGGGAGCCCAAGCCUAUCGGAGUCUUCCUCGUGAUGCGAGCGCCUGGACUGCUCAGUUUCACAGAGACAUGCUUCGUUCUUCCCUUAGUGCCAACCAUCCUAUGGUUGACCAGUGGCUUGACCAGCAGGAACAGGAGGAAGAAGAAGCAGAGCAAAGAAAAUAUGAAAGGAGGAUUGAGCGAAUCGGACCUGUAGGGAGGGCCGACUCUUCACUGGACCGUUCACCUGUGUCAAGUCUUGAAAGCAUGCUCAAGCCGGUCGAAGUGUCCAACGAAGGAGGGCCCCUGGGGAUACACGUAGUUUCUUUCAGUUCACAUGAUGUUAGGACUCAGGGCUUGCUGGUGAAGCGCUUGGAGCCCGGAGGAAAAGCUGAGCAUGAGCAUCUCUUCCAGGAAAACGACUGCAUCGUCAGGAUUAAUCAGGGAGACAUUCGCAACCUGCGCUUCGAACAAGCUCAGAACAUUUUCAGGCAGGCGAUGCGUUGCCCGGUCAUUCUUUUCCAUGUGGUUCCUGCCUCUAUGAAGAGACACUAUGAAAUACUUGCAGUCCAGAACGAGCUCAGUUCACCCCAGUCAACCAGGGUCCGCUUCAGCCAAGACUCCCAGCAUCCAGGGGACCUGUCCAGUCUGGAUGCAGGGACGCCGUCCAGAUCUAGGCAACAAGAGGCCGUCAACCACGACCACCAAGGUCCUCUGGCAGGAAGCACCCCAGAACCAAGUCGCCGGUAUGCGACCUUACCCCAUGCCGUACCUCACCCCAUAAUCUCCAGGACCCCCUCAGCGCCUUCCCCCUCCCUGCAGCGCAGGAUAAGCACUACUCCGUCCAACAGCUCCUACCUAAUGAAAAAAGGACGCAGCUUCAACAUCCAGCUAAAGAAAGGUCCAGAGGGUCUCGGGUUCAGUAUCACCUCCAGAGACGUCCCUAUUGGAGGAAGUGCACCCAUUUACAUCAAAAACAUCCUCCCUCGAGGCGCUGCCAUCCAAGAUGGACGACUGAAAGCUGGAGACCGGCUGUUGGAGGUUAGUGGAAUAGACCUGAAUGGAAAGAGCCAGGAGGAAGUGGUAGCCCUGCUUCGAGCUGCACCUAUGGACGGGAUGGUGAACCUGUUGGUGCUUCGUCAGGAGGACCCACUUCUGCCACGAGAAGUGAAACAGGACAAUGACACGAUGGUGACCCCGGAUGGAACAGGAGAGUUUCUGACAUUUGAGAUCCCUCUCAAUGACUCGGGCUCCGCUGGCUUGGGGGUCAGCGUGAAGGGGAACCGCUCCAAGGAGAACCAUGCUGAUCUGGGCAUCUUUGUGAAAUCCAUAAUUCAUGGAGGUGCUGCUAGUAAGGACGGACGUCUUCGAGUCAAUGACCAACUCGUUGCAGUCAAUGGGGAGUCGCUGCUCGGGAUAACCAAUCAGGAUGCCAUGGAGGCCCUUCGGAAGUCCAUGUCAGUAGAGGGCAACAAACGUGGGAUGAUUCAGCUCAUCGUGGCUCGGCGGUUGAUGAAGGUCAGCGAGGACAGCUCAGGAAUGUUGGAGCUUCAUGUGAAUGCGCCUUUGGACGACAACGAAGAUCAACUCUCUCAGUCACUCUACGAAACGAUUGACUGCUCGGACAACAUGCCUGCAUCACGCACUAACAUACUUGCACGCAAUGGCCUCUACCAGCUCUCUCCAACUGUGAACAUGCCUCAAGACGACACGGUGAUGAUUGAGGACGAUCGGCCGCCCCUGCUUCCUCCCCACCUGUCUGACCGGUCGUCCUCCAGUUCCCACGACGACAUGGGCAUUGUGGGAGAAAACCCGGUUGCCUGGAUACGUGAGAUGCCAGGUCAUAAUGAAUGCUCUCUGAGUCCGGACGCAGAGCCCGAUGCCUCCUUCCAGAGGGAGGGUUUCGCCCGCCAGAGCAUGUCAGAGAAGCGCACCAAGCAGUACGAGAGCCCGGCUCAUCUGGACAUCAUCAAGAACCGCAAGUCCAAAAGCAUGGAUCUUGGCUUUGAAGAGCGACAAAUCGACUCUGCCCCGCGUCUAAAAAAGUCCAGCUCAAUGGAGAGUCUCCAGAAAGAUGCCGCCGGCGUCGUCGCGGGCGACGGGCUCAACGUCCAGAGGAUCCAUCCGCACAUCAUCAGGGGCCGAGGCUGCAACGAGAGCUUCCGGGCCGCAAUCGACAAGUCAUAUGUGAAAGCUGGUCUCAUACCAAGGGAAGAAAACAGUGUGGAGACAUUGGAUGAAGACACAGAGGGGAGCUACCGGUCAGGCCUCGAGUCGAUGUCCACGAGCGAUGACCUCAGCCUCGGCGGCGGGCUGGUUGAUGACAAACAGAAAGACGGUGCGCUGGGCGGGCUGAAGGAAACCAAGAGCGUGGACAAGGAGAAAGACAAGGUCAAGAACAAACCAAAGAAGGGUGUGCUGAAGGGCCUGGGUGAGAUGUUCAGGUUUGGAAGGGGCAAGAAGGACGAGGACAAGGUGGAGAGAAAGAGCUCAAGGAGAUCGAAAGCUGAAGAUACGCAAGCGUAUGAAGAUGACACCAUCCAAAUGAAGCAGGAACAGGAAAGAAUCCAGGCCAAAAUGCGGGAAAUUCGGGAGCGGCAGGUGAAGGAGCGGGAAUACGCCGAGAUCCAAGACGUCGUCAACCGCACCUUCAGCUCAGACGAAGAGCACACCUACGCUGGCAUCGAGUCGCUGGGCUCGUCUCAGGACAGCGGCAGCGCCGACCCCUAUGGCCACCACUACCACCUGCCUCAGAGCCCGCAGAGCCCUCGAUCCCCCGUCAACCCACAGUGCAACGGACCACCUCUGGAGGCGCUGUACGCCCAGGUCAACAAGCACCGCAACGGACGACCAGCGGCUCCCGACAGCAGUCCGAUGGCUCCCAGCAACCACGACCGGAUACAGAGGCUGAGACACGAGUUCCAGCAGGCCAGGCACGGGGAGGAGCCAGAGGAACAUCAGGGCUCCCACAGCUUCAACCAGCCCUGGGCGAGCAACGGGACCGAGACGCAGAGCGGACGCCAUUCUGCCACAGCCGAGACUCAACAGCAGCAGCAGCAGCAAGAAGACGGGGACGGUUUCCAACGGGCGCCGAGGCAGUACAACUCUCUGCCACGGCAACCUCGAAAGAACCCCAGCUUGGCGUCCCAUGAUUCCUGGGAGAAGUCCUACCCACCGUCCGAGGGAUUCCAGACGUCCAAAGAGAAUGCCCGGCUCUCCAUGGGUCCAGGCCCUCGCAACGGCUUCAUGGGGAAACCCAGCCUGAACGCCCGGGUCAUGCUGGAGACCCAGGAGCUGCUGAGGCAGGAGCAAAGGCGAAGAGAACAGGAGGCUAGCAAAACCCAAGCAGCUCCCGCGCAGGAGGGCCCGAACAGCAGCGGCGGCUCCGCCUCCGGCGUCUGCCACCACAGCCAGGCCUCGGCCCCAGGCCAUGCACCGGGCCACGCCUCAAACCACACCCACUCCUCACAGAGGUCCAAAGGCCCCUACAGGCAGGAUGUUCCUCCGUCACCCACACAGCUGGCCAAACUGGGCCACCGUCAGGGCUCAGAGAAGGGACGGUUUUUAUAUUCCUGAGGCCAGGAGAGAGCGGGAAGAGAUCUGAACAAGCAUUUCUACAGCAUGGACACAGAGCAGGGAAUGAGUCUGGUUUUAUAUACUUUGGUUAAAAAAAAAUGUUUUGAUUGGUUAUAAAUUUGUAAUAUUUUAAAGACAGAUUUUUUUAUAAUAUAAAAUUUAUAGGGUGUUUUUUUUAGCUGUAAUAUAAGGAAAUCAGAGGUUUUUAACUGUUUCAUGUAUUUUUAUAAAGUGCCUUUCUUCUCUGUGUCACCCAUCCAUCCGUCACGUACAGUAAGACACGGCGGCUCCUAGAAGUUUUGUAACCUCCGCACUGCAAAAACACUAAAUCUUACCAAGUAUUUUAUUCUUGUAUAAUUUCUAGAUAAGACAAAACUAACUACUUAUUGGAACUCGUUUAGGUCAACAAUUGUAAAAAUCCUUGAUAGAAGUGAAAUAAUCUGCCUCACUGUGAUAAGUUUUUUCUGGGCGAUACAUUGUCCCAGGAGUUAUCGCGAUAAACAAUAAUAUUGCUGUUUUGAAAAGAGAAAAAUCAUAAGUCAUGCAGAUGCAAAUUACAAUGUGAUUAUAGGACUUGCUUUAUUGUGGCAGGCAUCUCUAGCACUCGAACUUCUGACUAUAGUGUUGAAACGUUUUGCUCUGGGAGCCAAAAGUGGCAAAUUUUAUUAAUUACUAAAUAUGAAAAAAAAAUAAUAAUUUUUUUGUCGAUUUUUUUUUUUAUGUUGCUCGAUAAACAUUUUUGUGAUGUUUUCAGAUCAAAAACACAAAGCACAAAAAUGUUGUUGCCUUUCUCAAAGCAAGACUGACAAUUUCCAAACGUCGGGGAUCAUCAGUUUUUUUCUAAUUUGUCGGCCAAAGUCUAAACGUCUUUGACUUGUCGUCAGGAGUCGAGGGCGGCCCAUCAAAAUCAUUUCAAGGGCCACAAACGGCCCCCAGGCCACACUUUGGACACGUCCUACAUCCUGAUGAAAAGUUACCAGUAACCCAGAUUUGUCUUCAAGUGUAUUAAGAUAUUUGCUCGUAAACAGACCAAAAACACUUUGGAUGUGAUGACAUCAUGGAUCUCUGCUGGUUUAACCAGGUUUAUUGUUGCUCUUCAUGCCUGCUUGUGUGAUUAGUGCAGGCAGGAACUGACAUGCAGACACACACACCGGACUGGAGGUUAAAGGAGCUUGGGCCAACUGUGAAGUCAAAGCUUGGAUUUCGGGCACACACACACACACGCACACCCCUCCUAUAUUCACUAUGAUAAUCCUGAGUUCUCUCUUCCUCUCGGCUGGCUGCUUUAUCUCGGCGUUCUCUCCUCACGCUGUCGCCCUCAUCCCUCCGCUCCCUCAGUCGAGGAAGAAAACAGCUUUAGAUCUCCUUUUAUUCUCGCUCUGCUCCACUCACCCAGGGACAACCGGCAGAACAAAACAGGGUCAGCGCCGGGUUAUUAAUUAAUGCGUGGAGUCAAAAAUGAAUGCAGCCCUUUGUGUGUGUUUGCUGUUGUGCGUGGAGGCGGGCGGGGGGGGGUUGAUGACGCCACUUCUGGCUUCACCUAGUAGUGACUCGGUUGUAACCAGAGCUGUUUCUCAAUGAACAUUUCAUCGCCAUGGGAGACCGGCCCGUCGGCUGUGCAGUUGGUACCUCUCUGUACAAUGGAGCUGAUUUUUGUUUUCCCUCUUGAUUGUGGCCAUUCAUAAGAGCGCACUCAGGAGCCCUUUUCUUUGUUCAGUCAACAAUUAGCGGCGCAUUAUGUUUCCGCGCGCAGUUUACCAGGAGAGGUCUGGCAGUGUGAGGCCUUUUAAUGAUAAGGAAAUUAAAGGUGAGGAUUUUUUUUUUUGGAAGGACCAGCAGAGUGACAUGAGGGUUUCCCCCCAGAAGGGCCCGCUGAGCCCUGCGGUAGGGACAGCAGGGACCCCCCCUCACCCCCCACCAGCAGCCUAAUGUGUUUUUGAGUUCAAAAAUGUGAAAAGUUGCAGAAAUUGGUCGGUGAACGAGCAGGCAUCAGAACCUGGAAAUAAGAACGUGUGAGGCCAACAGGAAGUUAAGAUUUUUUUCUUACCGUUUGUAUCAUCAGAUGAUACAGUUUCAAUAAAUGAUCAGUUCAUCUUUGGGGUUAGCAUACACUUAGCAGAGGUGCGAACAACUCGGCAUGAUAUUCCUGGUUUAUACGUCUUACACCCAUAAGAUUACACAAGUCCAGUCCCUAACUAAAUACUGCAGUGCUCCCUUUGUAAACAAUAUACCACAAUAUGGUUCAUGUAACGUUCAAACCGGGCAAAGUCCUUGAAAGAAAGCUGAUUGGAACUGAUCAAAAUCUCAGCUGCAGACCAAGUUCAACUGAAUCAGAUGUUUCUAAUUUUAAGUAUCAGCUUCAGGAAUCUGCUGCUUUUGAAAACAUUCAUCGUGUGACAUUAUGUCAAACUGGUGUCCCUACAGAAAGAACAUUCAGCCCAGUUCUUUAGGUCCAUGUGGAAUACGUCACUAGACCUGUCUGACUGCCAGAGUUUCACUCUAAUAGAAUAAAAUAUCUCAGUCACAUCCUAAUGUGUGACAGUUUAGAUGGUUGCUGGUCAGCAGUUUGUAGAGUAAUAGCCAAUCAAUCCUAACCAGCAUCCAAAGCCUCCAUGCAUCCAUGUUUGACUCCUGCAGGCUAACAGCCCACCUGAGCUGUGGGUCUCUGCAGCCCCUCCAGAGUUACCACGGGUGUCUUGGCUGUUCUAGCCUGGCCUGUCAUUACCUGCAUUUCAGUUGACCAUAAAAUUAUGCAAAUUUUGAUUAAAAACAAUUUUCAACAAAAACGUUUUGAGCUACUAUCCGGUGGUCUAUCGGUUUUAAAAUUGGUGUGUUUUGUAAAACUGUAAUGGAAACACAUGUUCAGCAUCGAUGGCAUUAUUUAUAUGCGCAGCCAGAUCCACCCGAGGUCUCACAGCAUCAAAAGUUGAGUGUUUUUUUUUCAUAUUGAAUGUGUUGCUUUUCUGUAAAACCAGCGACUACAGUUUCCCCAAAACGCUGCAUACUUAGGGGGUUGUCCUGUCAGAAUGUCACAAAACCACACAAAGAGCUCAAGCGGGAUCGGUUCGACCACGCCGGACCACGCAGAGGGUGAAAAGCUCGGGGUCCAAAUGAUCCAGUGGGAGCGUUAAUAGAAACAGCUUUAUAUUGCUUGAUUCAAAGAAUUACAGUAGUUAUGAUUCUACUCUGCUUUUGACAACUCACUACACAUCCUCCUGUUUGACUUCCUUAACCAGAACCCGAAUAAGAAGUUUGAUGUUCUUCACGGUUGAAUAACAAGGCAUCUUGUCAAACAUGCUACCUUAUAUUAAAAAAAAAAACAACAACCCAGCAGUAGCUCUUGCGUAGGCGUGUUUCUGUUUCUGUAAACAUCGCCAGUGACUGGACUCGUCGGCCGGCGUACGGAGGAGAUGACCCCUCUGACCCCUCUGGGUGACUCAGCGGAUGCAGUGAUCACCAGCGCUCCUCUGAGUCUGCGGCACAAACGGGGAGGUUAAGCGGCGAGGCGCUUUUUCAGCCGCUUUUCAUCUGCGCGUCUGUUCAGCGUCGUUCCAGGUUCAGAUCUGCUGGGCUGAAAGUUCUGCCAGCUUUGCGAGUGUGUGUGGGUGAGUGUGUGUGUUUGUGUGUGUCGGAUGGUUCUGCUCGUACUCAGCAGCUUUAUUAACCAAUGUUCUGUAUGUUUUAUCGUAAACUGGAGGGAUGCCUGCAAUAAAGAUUUGUUUUUUCAUCAUAUGCAAAUUUGAUCAUGUUUUGUAGAUUAUUUGUGUUGUAUAAUUAAUGUUUGAAUGCCUGACUUUUUCACAUAAAGCUAUUGUUUCGUUUCAAGGGAUCAUUUUCCUUUUUUUUUUUUAAGACAAGAGAAAUAUAUUAUUGUUUCAUUGUUUUUAUGACCAUCCUUCAUUGUGUUUUAUUGUCCACAGUAUGGUACUAUGCUGGUGAAAAAUGACUAACGUAAGCACUGUGCAAUUUCCCCGUUUUCUUUUUUUUUUUUUUUUUUUACAAUGAUGUAUUAAGAAAUGUCUCUGCUGUUCUCUGUACAUACAGUCUACACUUGUCAGUGAAUAAAUUGAGGGGAGUCUCAGCCUUUGUAACAAUAA